UGUCCAUGAUGGAUGAGGAGACGGUGGAUCUCAGUGUGAAUUUCUCCAACAUCCGCCAUGCCGUGACCGUGCGUGAGUGGAAGUCGGGCUUCUGUCGGGCGCGCAAGAAGGUGAUCCUCAAUGGCGUGAGCGGGAGCUUCAGGAGUGGCGAACUGGUGAUGGUGAUGGGAGUUUCUGGUGCUGGCAAGACGUCGCUGCUCAACAUACUGGCUGGGGCGCAGAAGGGCUUUUCGGGCGAUGUUUCUGUGAUAGACAAGGGACAGAGGGCGAGGAAUGUGAAUUCCGUGUACAUUCUGCAAGAUUCCCUGGUGGCGGAAUUCUUGACCGUCAACGAGGCGAUGAUUUUCGCGUCGCGUUUCAAGAUCGGCAGGAGCAGGAAGGCGGAAGAUUUGCAGGAGUUGAUUGACAGAAUUCUGGUGUCGCUGAGUCUGUACGAGUUGAGGAACGACAGGAGCACCGGCUUGUCCGGAGGGGAGAAGAAGCGCCUGACGAUAGCGCUAGAGAUGAUCAGGGAUCCCACCGUGAUGUUCUUCGACGAACCCACCAGCGGCCUGGACUACUCCACGUCGAUCCAGUGCAUGAAAGUGCUGAAGAAGUUGGCCAAGGACGGCCGAGUCAUUAUAGCCACUGUGCACCAGCCAACGCCGCUCGUUCUGCAAGAGUGCGAUCAGCUGUACGUCUUGGCGGCCGGGAAAUGCAUCUACAACGGACGGUAUGACGCGAUUGUGCAGCAUCUCAGGGCGUCGUUCGACAUUGUGUGCCCGCAGACGUACAACCCGGCAGAGUUCCUGCUGGAAAUCGCCUCGGACGCCUAUGAGAACGACUGGCGCGAUCGAUUGCUGACCGCGAGCGAGUCCCCGAACGGCGAGGCUGUCGACGGACUGCUGCAGGACAUCAAGCUGCGAUACGACUUGCCGUACGGCGCCACUUUCUUCAGACAGCUGGCCGUGCUGGUGAGGAGACGAGCUCUCAUCACGCAUCGCGACAUCUCGCUGAUUGGCCUGCGGAGUGCCAUCCACAUCCUCUGCAUCGCCAUCGUCUGCAUCCUCUAUCACGGCAUCGGACGCAAGGCGGAAGAUGUCCUCAACAACAUGCGCUACAUCCUCAACACACUCAGUUACUUCUCCUUUGUGUCGCACUCGGCCAACUGCUCAGUCAUACCACGAGAAAUUCCGAUAGUCAAGAGGGAGCACUUCAAUGGAUGGUACUCCAUUCUGCCCUACUAUCUCUCCCUCGUCAUUGUGGACCUGCCGCUCCACUUGAUGGCCGCCACUCUGUACGCCAUUGUCACCUUCUGGGUCACCGGCCAGGACAUGGAGAUCCAGCGGCUGGCCGUGUUCGUCGCUGGCUGCAACGGGCUGGCCAUCGUCGGCCACUGCAUCGGCUACACCACGGGAUUCAUAUUUAAUGUCCAGAACGCAUCUAUUUUGGGCCAGACUUACAUGGUAGCCUUCUUCGUGUCCUCUGGCUACUUCAUCACUCGCCGCGAUGCGCCUUCCUACCUUCAGUGGCUCUUCGACAUCUCCUUCAUGCGCCACGGCUACAACUCACUCGUUGUCUCGAUCUACGGGUUCAACAGGACCAGGAUCGAUUGCGACGAGAUGUAUUGCCAGUACACGGUUCCCAAGAAGAUCCUGCAGGCCGUGGACGUGGAGGACUCGGGCGGCUGGCCGAACAUCCUGAAUCUGCUCUAUUUGACGCUGGUCUUCCUCGUGCUGGGCUACUUCGUGGCUCGGCGGCGGAUUCUCAACGUCACGACGAGGAAGUAGAUAUUAGAGACAGAGAGAGAAACAGAGAUGUGCAACAAAUGCCGAAGUUCUGGGCGCGCAAGAAGUCCGCAGGACGAUUGAGUGUGGAUUGGGCGCUGUCGUGGAAAUCAUUAAUUCAAUGGGGUGCGGCGCCCUUUUUGCUGGCUCGUUUGCGAUGAAAGGCGCUGGGGUGGAGAGAGAGGGGCUGAUGAAAUGGAGACGCCUGGUAAAUUGUUGUCUCCUUUGUCAAGUGGAUUCCAAUUCAGACAUUUUCUUUCUUCUCCGCAAGACUCAUUUUUCACACCCGCAGCCACAGAACAAAUCCUCCUGAAUUACACAUUUCGAGGGGUUUUUGAGGGUGAGUUCUUGUGUGUUUUGUAUAAUUUAACAACCCAAACCAUUCUGUGCCAUGCAUUCAAAAUGUUGUCUUGCUUCUGUUUCUCUGGCUUAUAAAAAAUUCACGGACACUUUUCACACACUCUUGAAUCCACGAGAUAAUUCCAUAAAUUCCCCACCGCGAAUGGCCGAAUUGGCUAUCGUGCAUUCCGUAUUCAUGUCCUCGCGUCUGCAACUGACACUCUUUGCUGUCCUUUGUGCGCUUCGGGCAGAGCCAAAAAGUGGCUGUUGCACUUCGCAGUGCACUUCUUCCCCUCAAGUGCCACCCUGUGGCAUUUGCAUUCGCCACUUCACACCAAAAUGCACGACGUCCGACGUUUUCCUUUGCGAGACAGCAAUAAAAUUACAAAUGCCAACAAAUUGAAGAAAGAGAUCCAGUGAAAACGGAAUAGUUUUUAGUUAAUAUGAGAAGAAUUGCGUCCUUUCAUUGAGAUUAAAUCUACAAAAAGAACUCAUUUCGUGCUAAUGACGCGAUCAAUUAACCCUUUGACGACAAAUUGGUCAUUGCGUUACCCAUAAAUUGGAUAAUUUUUAAUCACAUUUCAAUCUACUUUUUCAUACGUUUAAUACAUUAUCUUCAAGCACAUGUUUCACUACUUAAUAUUGUGAUAUUAUCUUAGCUGUAUUUGCGUGACUAAAGUAUUCUUAAAGUAAUAAUGAAGGCAAGAAGUGUUAAUUUUGUGGAGGUCAAAAUAUCUAUUUUCUUGAAAAUCAUCAUGGUUUUUAGUCAAAUACAAACAACUCGCUCGAGCAAGAGUUUUCUAUAAUUGUUCUCUUGUAAACUUGCACUCGUUAAAGGGUUAAUUAAUUUUAAGUUUUCCCAAAAAUCCACAUUUUUUUAUGUAAAUUGCUUUUUAAGGUUUACUUUAGUUUUCCCAAUAAUAAACAAACCAUUUUUUAUCACAUUUUAUAGCAUUUAAGGGAUUUGAGGAAAUUGCAGACGACAUUGUGGGACCGUUGUUUUCCACGGACAGUCUUCCGUUUCUUUUCCUUGCUCUAGUUGCAUAAAGGUGUUUCCGCGAGGCAUUUUGUCUGAAAUUGAUUAAAUAAUCGUGUGAUGAGAAUUAAAUCAUAGAAAUAGACCUUAAAAGAGAUUCUUACCCGAAUUUUAUCACACAAACCAAACAACGCGAUGAAUCUGGUAACAAUUCUCACUGCAAGUGUUGCAGAUAAUUAAUCUUCAGUUAAUAUAUUUAAAGCAAUAAUCUAAAGAUCUCUUUGAAGUAUCAUAGUUUUGCGUGAAGAAUCUCACUGCUGGAGCUCCAUUUGAAUGGCUGGCAGGCGGAAAAGUGGAGCCCGGAUCAAGCUGUAUUGCUUCCAUUUGGAGAAAAGAUGCCAGGGAAAAGUUUCAUUGCCUCUGCGGUGUAAUUUACGUUGGUUUUAGUUGCCUUGCCAUGGGUGUAAAGAACAUCAUAAUUAAGUAAUUCCCUGUGGAAUAAUAUUUUUCUGCUCCCCAGCAGCGCGGGGUGGCGCAGCUCAACCGCUUUAUGGCUCCAACGUGGAGAGAAGUUUGCCUAGGCCGAGCGGGGGAGAAAUACCAUAAAUAAUUGUUAGCUCUUGGCUACCUCGCAAACGCCAAAUGAUAUUUUUCUCUGGGCAAAUUUGCAUUUCACUCCCCAUAAUGGACCUCCUGAUAAGAUAAUGAAGAAAUGAAAAUGCAAUUUGCACAAUUUUUUUGCCGCCGCCGCCGUUCGGCAUUCGCUGUUGAUUCGACAUGGCGGAAUUAUGUAAAGUUGUGUUAUGAAAUAAUUACUUGCAAAUACUGGGCGAAUGUUAAUUAAUGGGCAUUUUAAUGGACAGAUUAUAUCAGCGAAUUGCAAUGAAAUUUGAACUUUAUCGCCCGGCCGCCGGCCAAAUGAAUCCUCUCGCGGCGAUAUCAGUAUAGAUAAUUAAUUUGCGCGAUAGCAACUCGCAAAUGCGUUGCAAUCAUUAUUGGGAGAUUUAUCAUAUAGUUUUCACAUUAGGAGAUCCACUUUAUUUGGCGCUUGUUUUUCACCCAUGGCGACCAUUUGGGAAAGCAUCGGCGUCGCGCGGAAAAUGAUAAAUUCGCAAGGUUAAUUUGGUGCACUUUCAGUAUUGUGGCACUGUAAAAUUCCCAAAAAUCCUGCGAGACAAUUAAUCACGCUGUGCGCUAUUAUUUAAGCAGAACUUGUGAACACAAUUAAUCACGAUGAUAUCUUGAAGUCAUUUGUUCCACUUUGUGUUGCUGUAUCUCUGCAUUCACCGCAAAAAGCAAUAUAAUAUUUCUCAAAUGGGGUUUCAAGAGUUUCGCUCUCUCAAGCAUUUCCCUACGAAUUGCAAAGCGCACCCGAAAACUUUAAUGUACACAACAUUUCUAUUGACUCUAAUUAAAUUUGCCAACGAAGGGUGGCCUCGAGUGUUGGUGGAAAAAUUCUUGCUCUUUCCUAUAAAUUGCAAAUUCUUUCCACUACAGCGAGUGCACGAGAGAGAAAGAGGCGAAUAUUCGAGCGGACGUCUAUUGUGCCAAAAACUCUCAGUAAUUUGAUGAAGUCGUGGCAAGAAAAACAUAUCAAUUCCUUGGGGUGUAAUAAAUUUCAAAUAUGCAAUCCAAUUACUUUCCCCUUCGGAUUUCCUCUCCUUUUGCAGCCUCCGGGCCAGAGCAGCGUCCCUCAAUCCCAAUUUAAACGGUCUCGCAUGACAGAACGCAUCGCGUCCGCCGACGAGCGCAAGGAGUUCACGCGCACGGAAAACCACCUCGCAGACUCACCGGGGAGGAAGUUGUGGGUGAAACUAUAAUGGAUAAAAUAUGGAAAAUAAUCGACAAUAACAAUAUUUUCCUGCGACAUCAACGACAAUCCCCCGCAAUUGUCUGCCUCCCUUCGGCCCGAUGUUGUGCAAAAUGGAAACUGUCGAACACGCUGACAUUUAUGUUUUACUCCAGUUCGACUCUUGUCCUGAUAUAUGCACCCCUCAAUUGGAGCCGCGCCCCCGCACACGCUCCGCAGCUGAAGCCGUGCAGGAAUUCAUGGUGAGCCCAAGAUUGAGAAUCGUAUUUUUUCUCCCCCGAAAGCUUGUUGUGCUAUUCGUUAUCCUUUUGCAAUUCCAAUGAUACAUUUAAAUAAAUAUGUAGGAAAGCUACAGAG